AACAGGAGCGUUUCCUGUUCUGAAAGAGUUCAAGUGUUUUUAUCUCAGACAUCUUAUCCUGCUAGAGACUGAUAAACCGGCAGAUCCAGUCUGAGCAGGUUUCCUGGUUCCCUCCCCUGCAGAUCUGCAGCUAUAAAACAGGUCUGAACAACACGAGCUGAACACAGAGCUGACAGCCUCCGUUCUCGGCACACCAGAUUUGUAGAUCAGAGCUCAGACUAUAUUCACCUUUGAGGAAGUAAAACUGUCUCAGUUAUCGACAGGAGAAAUGGCGCAGAAAGGAGAUCAGCUGGACCAGGAAACCUUUUCUUGUUCGAUCUGUUUGGAUCUUUUAAAGGAUCCGGUGACUAUUCCCUGUGGACACAGUUACUGUAUGAACUGUAUUAACAACUUCUGGGAUGAAGGUGAGAAGAAACUCCCCAGCUGUCCUCAGUGUAGACGGACGUUCAUACCGAGACCUGAGCUGCUGAAAAGCACCAUGUUAGCAGCUUUAGUAGAGCAGCUGAAGAAAACUGGACUCCAAGCUGCUCCUGCUGAUCACUGCUAUGCUGGACCUGAAGAUGUGGCCUGUGAUGUCUGCUCUGGGAGAAAACUGAAAGCUGUCAAGUCCUGUUUGGUCUGUCUGGUCUCUUACUGCGAGAAACACCUUCAACCUCACCAUGAUUCAUCUUCUUUCAAGAAACACAAGCUGGUGGAUCCCUCCAAGAACCUGCAGGACAACAUCUGCCCUCGUCAUGGUGAGGUGAUGAAGAUGUUCUGUCAUACUGAUCAGAAGUGUAUCUGUUAUCUCUGCUCUGUGGAGGAACAUAAAGGCCACGACAUAGACUCAGUUGUAGCAGAAAGGACCGAGAGGCAGAGAGAGAUGGAGGUGAGUCGACAACAAAUCCAGCAGCAGAUCGAGGACAGAGAGAAAGAUGUGAAGCUGCUUCAGCAGGAGGUGGAGGCCAUCAAUCAGUCUGCUGAUAAAACAGUGGAGGACAGUGAGGAGAUCUUCACUGAGCUGAUCUCUCUCCUCCAGAAGAGAAGCUCUGAUGUGAAGCAGCAGAUCAGAUCCCAGCAGGAAACUGAAGUGAGGAGAGUAAGAGAGCUGGAGGAGAAGCUGCAGCAGGAGAUCACUGACCUGAAGAGGAGAGACGCUGAGAUGAAGCAGCUCAGAGACACCGAGGACCACAACCAGUUCCUCCACAGCUGCCCCUCACUGUCACCACUCAGUGAGUCCACACACUCCUCCGGCAUCAGCAUCCGUCCUCUCACACACUCCUCCAGCAUCAGCAUCCGUCCUCUCACACACUCCUCCAGCAUCAGCAUCCGUCCUCUCAGGUACUUUCAGGAUGUGACAGCAGCUGUGUCAGAGGUCAGAGGUCAACUACAGGACAUCCUGAGAGACACUUGGACACAUGUCUCACUGGCCGUAACUGAGGUGGAUGUUUUACUGGCACAACCAGAACCAAAGACCAGAGCUGGAUUCUUGAAAUAUUCAUGUGAAAUCACUCUAGAUCCAAACACAGUACACAAACGGCUGUUACUGUCAGAGGAGAACAGAAAGGUGACUUUUAUGGACCAACAUCAUUCCUAUUCUAGUCAUCCAGACAGAUUCACUAAUCUUUAUCAGGUCCUGAGUACAGAGAGUCUGACUGGACGUCGUUACUGGGAGGUGGAGAAGAAAGCAGGUGUAGUUCGUGUAUCAGUUUCAUACAAGAAUAUCAGCAGAUCAGGGGAGGAAGGUUUAUUUGGAAACAAUGACAAAUCUUGGUCACUACGUUGUCUCUCAGACGGAUAUGAAUUUUAUUACAACAGCAUCCAAACCUCCAUCUCAGGUCCUCUGAGCUCCAGAAUAGGAGUUUUCCUGGAUCACAGAGCAGGUGUUCUGUCCUUCUACAGCGUCUCUGGAACCAUGACCCUCCUCCACAGAGUCCAGACCUCCUUCACUCAGCCGCUCCACGCUGGAGUCGCGGUUGGUUACGCUGAUGGAGAAUCAGCUGAGUUCUGUAAACUCAAAUAGACUUAUUUACUCUUCAUGUCUUUAUUGAUUUUCUUUUCUUCUCAGAGAUGAACGUCUCAAACUCUGAUGGAUGGAGGGAAGUUUUUGUUCUAUAAG